UCGAAAAAAAUCUCUGAUGUAAUAAUCUCUUAUUCUGUAUGUGAUCUUAUUUCCUCUUUUUUCCUUCUUUUUUAGCGCCUGUACAUUUUCACUAUUAGUACUUUCCUCAACCAAUGGUGUCAAAGUGAAUUCGAUUUUUUUUUGGCUAAAGUAUCAGAAAAAAGUGAGAAAUAACUUGUUGCCUUCAUUCAACGUACUCACCUUGUUAAUACUCUUUCCAAGUAUUUGAUUCCCUGUUUAAGUUAAUUGACCAGAAAAGUAAUCAAUCAGGAAUCAAAAUGGACGCUAUCAAGAAAAAGAUGCAGGCUCUCAAAAUCGAGAAGGACAAUGCUAUGGAUCGAGCUGAGGCCGCUGAUAAUCAACUUCGAGAUGCUAAUCUACGAGUUGAUAAGGCCAAUGAGGAAGUGAUGAAUUUGCAAAAGAAAUUGGAACAAAUUGAAAAUGAAUUAACUGAAUCACAACAAGAAUUGGAAAGAGUUAAUGAACAAUUGGACGAGAAGGAAAAAGCCUUUGCUAAUGCUGAAGCUGAGAUGAAUGCUUUGAACAAGAAGGUGCAACAAUUAGUUGAAGAUUUGGAGCGAUCAGAGGAGAAGACAAAAGUGGCCAUAGUUAAGAUGGAACAGGCUUCAGCCGCUGCCGACGAAAGUGAAAGAAUAAGAAAAAUGUUGGAGCAUCGAAGUGCAACUGACAAUGAUCGAAUGAGACAAUUGGAGGCUCAACUCAAGGAGGCCAGAAACGCGGCCGAAGACGCUGAUCGUAAAUACGAUGAGGUACUUUUCUCUCUCUUUGACUACUAUGUAUUCAUAUGUCAUGAAAUUACAAAAGGACGUCGAUAGGCAUAAAUAUAAAGCAAUCAGUGAUGAAAUGGAUCAAACUUUUGCUGAAUUAACUGGUUACUAAAAGUCAAUGGAAAAGCUUAAUUGUUGGUAUUCAUAAUUGAAGGAAUCAGCACAAUUUAACUAAACAUCACUUGAUAUCAAAACAAUUUACUAUUAUGACUGCUCUAUAUCUCUCUAUGUUCAUCUUAAUUGUGAUUAAUUGACUGAAUUUUUCAUAAAUAAUGUUCAUCAAUGAGACAAGAGCCAAAAUCAAAUUGCAAUUAUAUUCAAGGUAAUUUAUUAAUAAAAGU